CUUUAGUAAACAAAUGGAACAAAACGAGCAACUUGUUCAUGAACAUGCAGUGUUCAUUAACUCCACAGUUAAUUCCGUGUAUAACCUCAUUGUAGCUAUUCCCGGUUCUCAUUUAGCUAUAUCGUAUUUGAAGAAUGCUUACCAAAACGAUCCCUUCCGGGUUGCGCUUGAGUUAUUCUUGGUCUUUUUUGCCAUCAAGUAUAUGCUUUCCAGAAAAUACAAACCUAACGAUAACAAUGUUGUCUUGACCGAAAAGGAAGUGGAUGACCUUGUUGAAGAAUGGCAGCCUGAGCCCUUGGCACCUAAACUUACAUCUUACGACCGUUUCAAUCUUGAAAAGACACCCAUGAUUGUAGGUGCGCAAUCCGCCAAAGCUAAAGUGGUAGGACAUACUAAGCCCUUGAUGAACUUGGCCACCAGUAAUUAUUUAAAUUUGGUUGCUUCCGAGCAAAUCCGUCAAAAGGCAAUUGAGACUUUGAGAAAUUACGGUGUUGGUUCUUGCGGUCCUCCUGGUUUCUAUGGUACCAUUGAUGUGCACAUGGAUUUGGAAAGAGAUAUUUCACGUUUUUUGGGUACCGAUGAUGCGAUUAUUUAUGCCCAAGGUUUCUCUACUAUCUCUUCUGUCAUUCCUGCCUUUGCCAAACGUGGCGAUUACUUAGUUGUCGAUGCUGGUGUUAAUUUUGCAAUUCAAAAAGGUGUCCAAAUUUCUCGUUCGAUUAUCCGUACUUUCAAGCACAAUGAUAUGGAGGAUUUGGAACGUGUCUUGAACGAUAUCAAUACCGAACAUAUUGUCCAUAAGAAACGUUUGACCCGUCGCUUCAUUGUUACCGAAGGCCUGUUCGCAAAUUUCGGUGACAUUGCUCCUUUAGAUAAAUUGGUUGAAUUGAAAAAGAAAUUCAAGUACCGUUUGAUCCUGGAUGAGUCUCAAUCCAUUGGUGUUAUCGGUCGUAGAGGUGCCGGUUUAACCGACUUGUACAAUAUUGAUGCUAAGGAAAUCGAUAUGAUUUCUGGCUCUUUGGCUAAUGCUGUUUGUGGUUCUGGUGGAUUCUGUGCCGGUAGUGUCGAAGUUAUUGACCAUCAGCGUCUUUCAGGUAGUGCUUAUUGUUUCUCUGCCUCUAUGCCUGCUAUGCUUGCCGUAUCUGCUUCUGAAGCCUUCCGUAUCCUUGAACAACAACCCGCUAUCUUGAAGGAAUUGGCUGAACGUAUUUUGGCCUUCCGUCAAGUCUUGACACACAAAUCUUUGGAGCCUUUUAUCUACCUUGAAUCUGGCGAUAUUAACUGCCCUUCUCCUUUCUUCCAUAUCUGUGUCAAAAAGUCCUAUUUACAGGUGCACACUUUGGAUAACGAAGAUAAGGUGUCACGAGAGGCUGAAGAACGCUUGUUACAAGAUGUGGUAGACGAAUGUGCCUACCAAGGUGUCCUUGUCACACGUGCCAAGUAUGUCUAUGAGCAAGAACAAAACUGUCCUCGCCCUAGUAUCAAGAUUUCCAUCACCACUGGAUUAAACAAGAAGGAAAACGAAAAGGCUGCCAAUACCGUUAAAUCUGCCAUUGUUAAAGUCUUUGGCAAAUGGAGAAAAUAAAUGUUUUCUCUAUCUAUUUUUACACUUUACACCUAAUAAAAAUCACGCACCUUGUUACACACAACAAACGUCAAAGAGAAGAAGGAAAAAAAGGAUGAGAUAAAAAAAAGUUGCAUGAAGUAAUCAUAUUGUUUUAUUAGACGCGACUAUCAAUUUUCUCACUGAAUUAAAUUGGCUUUUAUUUACAUAGAAUUAUGUAAGCCAAUUGACAAACCAUGUGUGCAGUGUGUGUACAUUGCUAUAUUAUUAAAAGCCACCACGUUUUUGUUAUAGCAAUCCUAGCAUAUUAACUGCGCGUAUAAAGGUUACUUUUGAAGAAGGGAGCUAUGUAUGUGCUUGCAAGGUUGAAAUCUACAC